CGCUCCGCCCGCCGGGGCCGUCCCGAUCCCAAAUCCCAGAUCCCGAUCCCAAAUCCCAGAUCCCGAUCCCAAAUCCCAGAUCCCGAUCCCAAAUCCCAGACCCCGCUCCCCGCUCCGCCCGCCGGGGCCGUCCCGGGGCGGGGCCGGAGACAAAAGGGGAAAAGUUUGCGGGGCAGGGAAGAGAAGGAUCGGGAACUUUGGGAUCGCCGGGAGUCUUUGGGAUCGCCCGGGGGGUUUGGGAUCGCCCGGGGGGGUUUGGGAUCGCCGGGAAUCUUUGGGAUCGCCCGGGGGGGUUUGGGAUCGCCGGGAAUCUUUGGGAUCGCCGGGAGCCGAUCCCGGGAUGUGGCGGAGCUGAGGCCGCGGCCGUGCCCCCCCAGGAUGAAGCCCCCCCCCGGCUGUCGCCGCCUGUCCCCCCUCGGGGCCGCCCUGGGCGUCUUCGUCACCCUGGGCUUCACCCUGGGGCUGCUGGGGGGGCCCUUCCGCCGCAGGGCCCCGGUGGCCCCGCCGUGCCGGCCCCGCUCGCACGUGGUGUUCCUGAAGACGCACAAGACGGGCGGCAGCAGCCUGGUGAACCUUCUGUCGCGAUACGGCGAGUCGCGACAGCUGCGCUUCGCCCUCCCCCACCGCUACCAGUUCGGCUACCCCUCCCCCUUCCGCGCCGAGCGCGUGCGCGGCUUCAGCCCCGGGGGGCGCAAGUUCGACAUCCUGUGCCACCACAUGCGGUUCAACCUGCCCGAGGUGCAGCGGGUGAUGCCCAACGACUCCUUCUACUUCUCCAUCGUGCGCGACCCGGGCGCGGCGGCCGCCUCGGCCUUCUGGUACUUCCGCGCGGCCGCGCCCGCCUUCCGGAACUCUCCGUCGCUCUCGGCCUUCGCGGCCGCCCCCGAGCGCUUCUUCCGCGCGGGCCAGCACGGCAACCACUACGCCCGCAACCUGCAGUGGUUCGACUUCGGCCUGCCCGAGCCGGCGCACGCCGGGCAGAUCCCGGCCCUGCUGGGCCGCCUGGAGCGCGUCUUCCCGCUGGUGCUGCUGGCCGAGCGCUUCGAUGAGUCGCUGGUGCUGCUGCGGCACCGCCUGUGCUGGCCGCGCCACGCCGUGGACUUGUUCCCGCACAACGCGCGCGGCUCCAGCCCCGAGGUGUCCGAGGAGCAGCUGCGGCGCCUGCGGGGCUGGAACGCGCUCGACUGGGCGCUCUACUCCCAUUUUAAUCGGAGUUUCUGGAGGGAGGCCGAGCGCUUCGGGCUGGAGCGGCUGCGGCGCGAGGCGGCCGAGCUGCGGCGGCGCCGGCGGGCGCUGGCGGGGCGCUGCCUGCAGGGCGGGGGGCCCGUGCCCGCCCGGGACAUCCCCGAGCGCAGCCUGCGGCCGUUCCAGCCGCCCGGCGCCGCCGGCGCCAUCCUGGGCUUCGCCCUGCGCCCGGGGCUGCCGCCGGCCCAGCGCCAGCUCUGCCGCCGCCUGGCCCUGCCCGAGCUGCCCUACAAGGACCUGCUCGAGAGCCUCCAGUUCGGCCACAAGAACACCACUGCUGGCUGAGAUUCUGGAAUUUUCCAUGGAAAAAUGCAAAAAUCCCGGUGAAAUUCCCCUCAAAACCGGCGAUUUUGGGGCUGGAAUCGCUCCCAGUUCCUCAGUUUGUCAUUGGCCAAAAUGCCCCAAAUUUGGGGAGUUUUCCUAUGGGUUCAACCCUUUUUACCCCCAAAAGUUGGGAUAAGAGUCUCAGAAUUUGGGAUAGCAGCCCCAGGAUUUUGGGCUGUUCCUGUGGAAUAGGUUCCCCAAAAAUUCAGGGUAGGACCCUCAAAAAUCCCAGGAAUUUUGGGGAUUUCCCCCCAGAAAUUUCCCCCAAAAAUCCCAGGAAUUGUAGGGAUUUUUCUCCAAAAAUCCCAGGAAUUUCCCCCCAAAAUCCCAGGAUUCUUCCCCAAAACCCCAGGAAUUCCCCCCAAACCAGCCCAGUCCCCAGGAAUUCGUGGGAUUGCCCCAACCCCGGGGAUCUGGGGCUGCCCUGCCCGAGCUGCCCUACAAGGACCUGCUCGAGAGCCUCCAGUUCGGCCACAAGAACACCACUGCUGGGUGAAAAUCCCCGCUUUUUGGUGGUUUUCCAUGGAAAAAUGCAAAAAUCCCGGAGAAAUUCCCCUCAAAACCGGCGAUUUUGGGGCUGGAAUCGCUCGCGGUUCCUCUGCUUCCCGUUGGCCAAAAUGCCCCAAAAUUCUGGGAAUUUGGGGAUUUCCCCCGUAUUCAUUCUGUUUUUCCCUAAAAAAGUUGGGAUAAGAGUCUCAGAAUUUGGGAUAGCAGCCCCAAAAGUUCCAGGAAUUCGGGGACUUCACUGUGGAGUAGUUUCACCAAAAAUUUUGGGAAAGGACCCUCGAAAAUGCCGAGGAUUUCCCCCAAAAUCCCAGAAAUUUCUCCCAAAAUCCGGGGAAUUUCCACCAAAUUUCACACUUCUGGGUGAAACUCCCACUUUUUCCAUGGAAUUUUCCCUGAAAAUGCAAAAAUCCCGGAGAAAUUCCCUUCAAAAUCAGCGAUUUUGGGGCUGGAAUCGCUCCCGGUGCCUCCGUCUCCCAUUGGCCAAAAUGCCCCAAAUUUGGGGAGUUUUCCUAUGGGUUCAACCCUUCUUACCCCCAAAAGUUGGGAUAAGAGUCUCAGAAUUUGGGAUAGCAGCCCCAGGAUUUUGGGGAUUUUCCUGUGGAAUAGGUUCCCCAAAAUUUCAGGGUAGGACCCUCAAAAAUUCCAGGAUUUGUAGGGAUUUUCCCCCCAAAAAUCCCAAAAAUUUCCCCCAAAAAUCCCAGGAAUUUUGGGGAUUUUUUUCCCCCAAAAAUCCCAGGAAUUUCCCCCAAAAAUCCCAGGAAUUUUGGGGAUUUUUCCCCCAGAAAUCCCAGGAAUUUCCCCCAAAAAUCCCAGGAUUCUUCCCCAAAAUCCCAGGAAUUCCCCCCAAACCAGCCCGGUCCCCAGGAAUUCGUGGCAUUGCCCCAACCCCGGGGAUCUGGGGCUGCCCUGCCCGAGCUGCCCUACAAGGACCUGCUCGAGAGCCUCCAGUUCGGCCACAAGAACACCACUGCUGGCUGAGAUUCUGGAAUUUUCCAUGGAAAAAUGCAAAAAUCCCGGUGAAAUUCCCCUCAAAACCGGCGAUUUUGGGGCUGGAAUCGCUCCCUGUGCCUUCGUUUCCCGUUGGCUAAAACCCCAAAAAUUUGGGGAAUUUUUCCUAUGGGUUCAACCCUAUUUACCCCCAAAAGUUGGGAUAAGAGUCUCAGAAUUUGGGAUAGCAGCCCCAAAAGUUCCAGGAUUUUGGGCUGUUCCUGUGGAAUAGGUUCACCAAAAAUUCAGGGUAGGACCCUCAAAAAUCCCAGGAAUUGUAGGGUUUUUUCUCCAAAAAAUCCCAGAAAUUCCCCCCAAAAUCCCAGAAAUUUCUCCCAAAAUCUCGGGAAUUUCCCCCAAAACCACCCCAAAUUUCACACUUCUGGGUGACAUUCCCACUUUUUCCGUGGAAUUUUCCCUGAAAAUGCAAAAAUCCCGGUGAAAUUCCCCUCAAAACCGGCGAUUUUAGGGCUGGAAUCGCUCCCGGUGCCUCUGCUUCCCGUUGGCCAAAAUGCCCCAAAUUUGGGGAAAUUUCCCAAGGAUUUGUUCCUUUUUUCCCCAAAAAUUUGAGAUAGGAGCCUCAAAAUUUGGGAUGGGAGCCCCAAAAUUCCAGGAAUUUGGGGAUUUUUCCUGUGGAAUAAUUUCCCCCCAAAAAUUCGGGGAAGAACCCUCAAAAAUCCCAAGAAUUCCGGGAAAGUUCCCCCAAAAAAUCUCAGGAAUUUUCCCCAAAAUUCUGAGAAUUUCCCCCAAAAAAACCAGCCCAGAACCCCAAAAAAUCCCAGGAAUUUGGGGCGUUUUCCCAUGGAAUAACUUCAUGCCUCGACUGACCUCCCAAAAAUUGGGAUGGAGCCCCAAAAUUCCAAGAAUUUGGGGAAUUUUCCUGUGGAACCGCUCCGUGCCUCAGUUUACCUCUGAAAGGUACAAACCCCCCCCAAAUUCCAGGAAUUUGGGAAUUUUUCUCAUCGGGAAUCCUCCCGUGCCUCAGUUUCCCCCCUCCAAAGUCCCGGUAUCACCCCCAAAAUUCCGGGCAUUUGGGGAAUUUUGGGAAUUUUUUAUUUCCGUGCCUCAGUUUCCCCGCAGAAGGUACAAAAAUCCAAUCCCGGCGGGAAUUUUGGGGAAUUUGAGGAAUUUUCUCUGUCUGGAACCACUCCGUGCCUCAGUUUCCCCUCCCCCGGGACAGGUACGACCCCUCCCCCCUUUUUUAUUCCUUAAUCCCGGCGGGAAUUUCCCAAUUCUGGAGGAAUUUUGGGAAUUCUCGCUGCGGAAUCGCUGCAAGCUUCACUUUACCUUGUGUAUAUAUAAUAAACGCGCUCUGAUUGGCCGUGCAGGGCGUCAAUCAUUUAAUUAAAGCAUACAACUGGC